UUUCAAGAGUUUGACCAGGUUCUACCUUUAAACAGUUUAACUCAGAAAUGAAGCUCGUCGCUGCCUACCUUUUGCUCACUGUCGGUGGUAACACCUCCCCAUCAGCUGAAGACGUCAAGAAGCUCCUCUCUACCGUCGGUGUUGAGGCAGACGAAAGCCGCCUCACCAAGCUCAUUGAAGAGUUGAACGGCAAGAACCUCGAAGAGUUGAUCGCUCAAGGUACUGAGAAGCUCGCCUCUGUACCAUCAGCAUCAGCUGCAGCAGCUCCAGCUGCCGGUGCCGCACCAGCAGCUGCUGCUGAAGAAGCUCCAAAGAAGGAAGAAGCCAAGGAAGAAUCUGACGACGACAUGGGUCUCGGUCUCUUUGACUAAAUUUUGUAAUUGAAAUUUUACUUCUUUGAUUGCGACGACGAUGAUGAGUCUAU